UCAUAAGCUGCUAUUUCAUUGCGUUUACUGAGUCAAGUGUUAAUUUUCAAUGCACAAGAAACACCUAAGUUAACAUACUGGGAUUCGCUUUCUGACAAUAACAUGUCGUUGAGGAUGGAAACGACUCCACAUAUUUUUCCGCCGUGCAAAAUUUUAAUUUUUUUUUAUCAUUUGGCAAGAUCGUAUGCUGGCAGGUAUAAACUUGUCUAUUGAAUAGUGGUGGGAAUGCUGCGCAUAUUGUAAAAUCAUUUUUGAUACGUGACAAAAGCCUCGAAAUAUGCCACAAGGUCGAAGGAAAGCUCCUUUCAGUGGAAAGGCUAAGAAGCAACAAAUGCAAGCAAAGAAUCAUCGAAAACAGGCGUUUCUCGGACAUCCUCACAAACAAGAUGUUAACGUCGAGGAUGACUCAACCCAGGAAAGCCUUAUAAAAAUCAACAAACAACCACGUGACAGCACCGGCCGAAACCGCUAUGCCCUACACUUCCUUCAAGAAUCUCCACAAGAACUCCAGCAACGAAAAGAGGAAGCCCGCAAAACCAUUGAACCUCUCUCCCUGGAUCAACAGGAAGUCUCCUCGAACUACUUUCCUGAAGGUCUAGACAUACCAAAGCGCCCACCAUGGAACUUCUCAAUGUCCCAGGAAGUGCUGGACAAGAGGGAGCACCAAUAUUUUACACAAUACUUGAAACAACUCGAGAGUAUUAAAGACAUCAGCUACUUUGAGUUCAAUCUGGAGACGUGGAGGCAACUGUGGAGAGUUUUGGAGAUGUCCGAUGUUCUUCUCAUUAUUGUGGACAUCAGAUAUCCCGUCCUGAUGUUUCCUCCGUACCUUUACACUUACGUGACGAACGAUUUGAAGAAAGAAAUGAUUCUGGUUCUCAACAAGAUUGAUCUAGCUCCUCCAGCCCUAGUUGUAGCAUGGAGAGAAUACUUCAAAGUAUAUUACCCCAAACUCCACAUUUUGUUCUUCACGUCCUUCCCCAAGUACAAUCUCAGAGAAAACCGAGAAGAUGGUGAAGGAUUGAAACAGAGGAGACGACGAGGAAAGCUGAGGAUGGCAGCAGAAGGUGCUCAGAAGCUCCUUUCAAUCUGCAAAACUAUCGUUGGAGAUCAGGUCGAUUUAUCAAGAUGGCAGCGAAAAAUACAUCAGGAAAUGCAGAUGGACUACGACUUGGAGGACAUUGAUCAUAAAGAUAAUUUAAUCAUCAAAAAGGAGGAUACCGGCUAUUAUGAACAUGAGAAGUACAAGAAUGGAGUUUUGACUAUUGGCUGCAUUGGGACACCUAAUGUCGGCAAGUCUUCAUUGAUGAAUGCAUUGAUGGGGAAGAAAGUGGUGAGCGUGUCAAGAACACCUGGACACACUAAACAUUUUCAGACGAUUUUUCUGACAAAGAAUGUAUGUCUUUGUGAUUGUCCAGGUCUUGUAUUCCCUUCAACUGUUCCUAAACAGCUGCAAAUCUUGAUGGGAUCUUUUCCAAUUGCUCAGGUGAGAGAACCUUACACCACGAUCAAAUUCAUAGGGAUGAGGUUGGAUUUACCAAAACUGCUGAGAAUCCAGCAUCAGGAAGACGACGAGGUCUGGUCGGCCAUGGACAUCUGCGAGGGGUGGGCUGCAAAACGAAAUUAUACAACUGCUAGAACUGCUAGGUUGGACACAUACAGGGCUGCUAAUUCCCUACUAAGAAUGGCGUUAGAAGGGAAGCUUUGUGUGUUUGUAUAUCCGUUGGGGUGGAGUAGCGAGAAGCAAAAAUGGGAGAACCAUGAGGAUAUAGAAGAGAUCGAGUGGGUUCAAGCAAGUGUCAAAGAGGGCGAUAUGGAGUACUGUGAGGCUCAAGGGGGACAAGACUCUUUCUCAGAAGACGAGGAAGAGGGUAAUAGCGAGAAGAGCAGCAAUGAGGGAGAUGAACAAGACGUUGAGAGUGAAGAAGACGAUGAGGAAAGUAGUGAGGACCAGCGAAAAGACUUGGUAUUAUCUGGGAAUAGAUUUGGAGCACUUGCUAAUAAUUAAAGGAUUUGGAAGUCAGUAAAUUGAGGAAUAAGGGAGAGUGGCUUGAGUGGAAAAUGUUGAAAUCACAAUCAAAUCACUGUCAAGUUCAUGAAGAGUUGUAACUUAUUUCUACUAAAUUUCCUUAUUUAAGAAAUCGCUGUCAACCCUGGUCACUUGUAACUUUCAGUCCUCAAUGUCGCGCCCUCUUAUAUGUGAAUAACACAAAUCCCAUAUCACUUAAAAACUCACGAAAUCAUCUGUCGAAUGCUCCAAAUUUUAUCAAUUUAUCUCUGAACAAACCGAAGUUACGACUACUUCAACCUCAGUGCACAUGAAAUCGGUAUGUCACGCCUACCUUGGGGAUUUUAGGUUGGGCAUAAAAUUUUUCCAAGAUAGACCACAUUAUUCAAUAUCCCACCACUUGUUAGGAUUGCUUCAACAGAGUUAUCUGUUGGGUGGAAAAACAAAAAAUAUAGCAUCGCAGAUAAUAACACCGGUUCUUGAUUUCUGAUCUGAUAUCGCCCUAGUGUAUAUAAUUUCACUUCUCGCGCAAAAACCUAAACUGUAUUUUUUUUCACUCCAGAUCGCUCGUCAGUAAGAUAAUGCAACAAGCAACGAAACACAAGUAAUUUAAUGUAUAAAUUAUUUCAUAAAGAUCCUUGAAACGACUAGCUUUGUCGAAAGAAGUAGAAAAAACAUUUUUUAAUGGUCGACAAGCGUCUGAACAAAAAAUGUACUAGCAUUUCUCCCCAAAAUUGUUUGUUUCCAACUUAUUACGCAUGUUAUUCUCAAUAAUUGUCAGGAAUUGAAAGAAUUAAAAGACUCAAGAUGCAAUUUAA